UAUAGAAAGAACGUCUAUUCAAACGAUCCCACCGAGGUCCUGUUGGAAACAAGGCCUCUAUUCUCGCGGCUCGGUCGAUAGACAAGGCAAAUAGACGAUUGAAAAGCAAUAAGCUAAAAAUAAUUGUCUUUUAAAACUCUACCCAUAAUUCUAGAUGUGACCUAUCAAAGAUCGAUGAAAGAUUGAAUUCCAAUUCCAAGGCGCUUAUUUCCAACUGACAAACUACAGCCUUGGCGAUGACGAACUGGGCAACGAGCGGAAUUUAAUAUUUCUUUCACUAACAAAAAACAACGAAUUUUUGCGAUGUCCGCUUCAGCGUUAUGUAAAAUUGUGUGUUUGAUAGGAUAUGUGUCGUUAACCAUAGGUCAGUUCACGGGAGAUGCUGACCACGCCUCUUCCCGGACGCGUCAGAGGCAGCUAGACAGGGAUCGAUAUGGACCGAACGGACACAGAUGCUGCCCGGACUGUAUGGUCGGACCGGAAUGUUCUCACAAUGUGAAAAUGCGAGAUCCGAAGUUCCACACGCCUAUGAAGAUCGUCACAGUCACAGGGGCGCACCACAAUGGCCGAACUCACCUAGCGUACAACAGCACCACCUACCCCGGUGUACCCGCGUGCCCCUGUUCAGCCUUCGAGUACCGCAUUUCGGGUAUAGAGGGCUCCAAUGGGGAAGCAACAGGCGAUCUCGAGAGCCUAUUCAGGAUAGAUUCGGCAACUGGUCAUGUGUUUUUGAAUGACCACGUGACAAUGAGACCCAAUCAGAUGUACGUGCUGACGAUCCUGGUUCGUAACGUGCUCACGAACGCCAGUGACGAGACGAGACUGUCCGUGAACUCGCUGUCGCCUGUCCAUCAGUUCACGCCAUUGCGCAGUCACAUCGGAUAUGACGUCGGUUCCAAUAUCGAAGACAUUGUUCUCUUGGAGCCACAACCACUGAGUCGACACAAGAGAGCAACGCCGCCUGCCGAGACGCAGUUUACGCUUAGCUACGAGCCGACAGCGAUAACUGAACUCCGGGUUGGUACUCGCAUCAAGUUCAAACUCGACAUCGUUUUCCCGGCCACCUCGGUGGACAUGCGCGUCGAGCUGUUUACACCAGACGAUAUACACACAAUCAUGAUUCUGUGUGACGUCAGCGUAACGUUUGGGUCUAACCUAAUUAGCACCUACAACAAUUCUCCAGUUUUUGAAUCUAAGACCAACCAACCUCAUCAGAACGACUGGGCGAUUCUCGACUUUGGGCCGGUGAACUACGUUACCUCAACUCCCACAACCCUGGCCGAGCACACGGCAACGGUCCUGUACGAGGCGGUGAUGACCGACAGUUUGCAGGCGACAAACAGCACGUAUUGGGUGAGCGCUGGGGCGGAGUACAGCAGCGAGACGUACAUCUGGAUCGGACAGGCGUCUUUCACCGCCAUGAUGGACGGGAACAUGACAGUCGGAUCUGACCCCAUCUUCAACGUGACCUUGCCAACCAGCCUCGCAUUGGGACAGACGGUGCUAGGCACGCUGGACAUGUACAUCCCCUAUCCCGCCAAGGACUACGUACUUAAGGUCCACACCCCGGCAGACGAGAUCGGGCUUAUGUCGAUUUGCUGGAUCCAAAACACAUGGACGGAAACUGAUUUUGGAAGCAACUUCCGAUGCGUUAACAAAUAUUCCCAGAUCACUUCCGGCCUUACAAAAGAUGCGCAGGCGAUCGGAAACUCCAUCGCAACAGUAAACUUAGGGACGUUACUGAAUAAAGGUUCCCGAGACGCCAAUCCGGUUGUGUCAGACAAUAGAGUGAGUGCGCAAUUCAUCGCGCACCUGUACCCGGACGUGACGAAGGUGGGGCAGUUGAGGAGCUUAGGCUUCUCCCUCGAGGCGGGCGACACCACCGUCAUCGUCGGCACCGCCAACUUUACCAUCACCGCCGCCGGGUCGUCGUCUACUAAUCCAGGUCUGACCAGCGUCACGCCCUCAGGUCCAAUACUAGACGCCAUGGUCGGGAAACCCGUCAAGGUAACGUACGUCAUGUCAAUACCGCCAUCGACAAGCGCUUCUCUCUACGUCAUCGAGGCCAGUGUUCCCGCAAACGCGUUUACCGUUUGCUCCUUAAAAGUGACGUCAAUAGGUAACGCCAUGCCGUGUCACAACCCGCAUUGGUACGUCAGUAAAUACGAGACCACCGCAGGAAACGUGGAGCCGGACAAGGCCAGUGUUGAUUUAGGAUAUGUAACGAACCUCAACCUGACCACCAACAACCUAUUCACGGUCGAGGCGGUGUUCAAACCGCUCUCCGGAGCAACUCUUAAUACCCUAUACACACUCAACUUCAACGUGAUGGUGGGGACCACCUCAGUCAACAUUCACCCUAUGCAGAUUACUGUGACCAGCAGCGGAUCGCCCACUACUAUUACGAACGCAACAGCCCCGAUGUUUAACAUGGAUUUUUACAACGGCAACAUUCAAGUACCCGUGAACGGUGGCACGCGCGUUGACGUCACAAUGACAACGUCACGGAAUGUGACGUACGAUGCAUUUGACAUGGAGUUCAUUACACCUUUCGGCAACACCUCCACAUACAUGCACGUGUGUCGCGUGGAUAUUGUACGGAACGGCAAGAAUGUCCCAUGUAUCUCGCCCGAGUGGUAUAAUACGCGGAUGGAUUAUCGCUCUCAAUAUAAUGACGGGUACAAUGACCGAGCGCUACUCAAUUUGGGCUCACUAUGCAACAUGGAGGACGUAAAUAACAACACCGAGGAUCAAGUAAACUUUGCCUUUUUCUACCGGGUACUGGACAACGUCGAGGUCACUCAUAACUCAGAGCACCACGUGUCGAUGGGUCUACAGUACUCCAGCACGCAGCUAUUUGUGGGGGACAUUCAGAUGACGGCGACCAGAGGUCAGAACUUUGGACCAACCGGAAACAGUUUCGGAGCGUAUUUUACAAACUCAAGUUACAUCCCGCUGCCCAUCGGAGUGUCCCUACUCACGACGAUUGUCAUCAAAAUCCCUCGCGGAAAUUCGUCAGAGAUCACCGUGAAGGCGACAUCGAACAACCAGGAAAUUCAGGUGUGCACGGUGCGCGUCGUUGCGGCCGGAAACCAUUUUCCUUGCGUGGACGACAAGCUGGUGAAGCGGACGUAUGUAAUGUCUGCAGACGGGACCGGUUUCAGCGAAGUAUCGGCGGCAGUGGGAAUAGUUACCAAUUAUGGUGACACCAGCGGACAAAUGACUCCCAACGGCUACAUGGACAACGACGGUUUCCAGGUGGAGGUGAUAUUGCGCGCGGCGAGGGGAUACCCGAGCACCACCGCGUCAUACACAGUACACGUGUACCUAGACACGCAGAAAACUAGUGCUUUGGCUUGGUCGCUACCCGUUACCACUACGGAGAGCUUUGCAGCGGUUCCACAAACGACAGCUCAAGGUCCAGUGAACGCCUCGAUGUCCAUCGGUGAGAUGACAAUCGGCGAUAACAAUUCCACCGUUGCCAUUGGCGACGUCCGCAUGGUCACCAUGGAUGUCGUAGUACCGGAACGUUCUGAGUAUGAUCUGCGCGUGUCGUUUGUGGUCCCGGUGGGAGACGUCGGUAAGAUAGAGAUCUGUGACGGCGCCGUCAUUUUCGUCGGCGAUAACGUGCCGUGUGUCAACAAUGAGGUGGCUCCAACGUUCCAAGGAAGUUCUGAUUACAACAGCACAGUGUCAUUCGACCUCGGUUAUGUGUGCAACAAACCUCUCUACCCUGGCAAUACAGGGGCCAAUACGGUCCGUCUAGCCGCCUAUGUGAGGGUGGUUCCUAACGGUCUCGCGGUCCCCGGCUCCACAGUAUCCAUUUCCGGUACUGUCCAGACGUUCACGUCAACGGUGACGGUCGGCACGUUAACGCUCACCGUUGCAGACUCGUCCAUAUUUACGGACCGAGUGGUGAGUCUACCCAACGUCCCAAAUGACACGAUAAUGACGUUGAGCGUAGCGAAUCCGUUAGUGAUGAACGUCGGUCAGAACGUGACGCUCGACGUCAUCGUAAAGGUUCCGCCCGUCUCCGUCUCAAGGUUUCUGUUUGACGCCGAAGUACCACAUGACGGCACCUCCGCCUGCAUGACCAUACGGGACAUCCGGGUUGUUGGCUCCCUGGGUCGGAACGUGCUGUGUGUGGAACCGUCUGUGAACAACAAGAACGUGAUAUACACGCCUUAUUACAACAGCUCUCUCGGGAACGGGCAGACCACGUACGGGUACCUCGACGUCGGCAUAAUUACCAACACGGGUGUGACUUACAAAAGGAAGACGCCACCGAACGCCACCACCGACGACGACAGGCUGCUCCUUCAGCUAGAUAUUCAGAUGGCAGACUGUGCUACGAAUGUCAACGGGACGCUUCUUACAAUAAGCUUGGGUCACAAGGUUGCUAAUUAUGUAUUCAUUUACGAACAUCCGGUGCAGGUGCGCAGAGACACGUUGGAGAAACCGGACAUUUUUCUUGAGGGCAGCGUUAAUGCGGCCUCAAACAGCUCGGCGGUGGUUUUGAACUUUGCCUCCUACCACUCGGUAAACUCCAGUGCGGAGGGACUGAACACCAGUUACCGCCUGUGGUUUCCCGCGUAUUUGAUCCCGCGCACUCCGCUUGUGUCCAGCAACAAAAGUGACUGCGUAAUUGUUCCAGACUCAAGUGUGACGUCUUUAGUUGAGAUCCAGUGUGAACACCUGUAUUUCUCGGAAGUAUUCCACUUCUCCGUCGGCGCUGACGUCAACACCUCCGCCGUCACUCCCGUGGGAUACAACACCGACCCGUCAGUGGCCCUCCUGGAGGUAACUACUGGUUACAGUAGCAACCUGUCGGACGCUUACAACCUCACGGCAUGGUACCCGGAGCCGACCACAUUUGCCGACAGCCUCGAGUUCAGCGUGACUGCAGGGAUGGCCAACUGCAACGCGGCUCUGGGAUUGAAGAGCGGCGUCAUAGCGGACUGCCAGAUCAGCGGCUCCAGCAACAGUAUCGCCUCCCCCACCCUCGCCCGCCUGGACGGCACCUCAGCCUGGAAACCGUACGUUCGUAACGGCAAGUUCGCCGAGAACAGGUUUUGGAUGGUUUACUUCGGGGACCAGACGAGAGUGACGUCACUAGACGUGCAGCAGAACACGGUCGCACCUCACAAAGCCACCGAGAUUACCCUGGAAUACACGAACGACGGAAAGUCCUGGUUUGGAUCGGAAACAAAAAGCCUGGGCCCCAACCCCGGACCAUUGACCAACGUUCUGACCAGUGGAACCGUCUCCCGCGGUCUCCGUAUUCGUGUCACAAACGACACUACCGGCAUGAACAUGCCGAAUGUCGCCCUCAAGUUCGAACUGUACGGCUGCGAGAUAACAUCGACCGUCACCCAAGCAGCUUCAUGCGCAGUGGUGGCUGCGACGAACCCAACAGUACCAACAGACUUCUACCACCGCAGUUUCCUGACGACAUCUGUCGGUCAGGUAAUCGUCUGUGACCGGAAGUCAGAUAGCUCGACAUAUCACGGACACUGCAUAAGGAGUCUGAACAACGGCGAUGAGUGGAACGAAAUUGACGGCAAUCUGGCAAGCAUGAUUGGUCGCGAGACGGCACUGAAUGUCCUCUACGCGUACGGGCAGAACCUGAAGACGAUUCUCCAAUCUACCGACGAAGGCCUGACGUGGAUGACGGCGUCGCCCGAUAGACUGGCGGCCGACAAACUACUGGGCACCUGGAUCGGCGCCAAAAAUGUCCCGGAAACGAGCGAGAGCAAUCUCAUCACCGCGACGCCGCAUUUCACAUUCCAGCAGUCACCAUGGGGAGCAACGUACUCGGGGAUGUUCUACAAUACAGUACAGAAGCACAAAUGGUCGUCCGCCUAAAGUUGGAGUCACGUGACAAAUUUAAGUGGACGAAAAACCCAACUGGCGGCAAUUUUAAGAACGAUACUGUUUUUUCAGUGAUUAACACUCAUGUUGUUUAAUUCUUGUUAUUGCAGUAGAUGAUUUGUUUAUCAACUGUAGUUUUAGCGUUUAAUGCCAAAAUUAAUUUACAUCUAAAUAUUGGUUUCACACUUGUUUUAGACAAAUCUGUAACACACAUAACUUGAUAUCGAGACUAUUUUUUAUUAAUCUGAACAUUUAUAUUUGCUUACUACAUACCACAUUUUUCAAAAAUGAAAGCCGAUGCAUUGUAAUGCUUCUCCAUCACAUUUUUUAACCUGCUAAUGAUUUUACUUCAAUAUUUAAUCAUAUGACAAUCCCUGCAGAUAUAUACUUUCAAACAAUUAUAUAUUAUUGCAAAUAUUUCGUGUUAUUUCAACGUAUCAGUCUAAUGCGAACUGUGUUAAUUUACUUCAAAAUAUAAUUUAACCUGCUGAGUUUUAGAACUUACAUAAUAUCUUUCAAGGUAAAGAAUCGUGCUUUUAAUGUUUCUUAACUUACAUUUUCGUUAUUACAAAAUUAUGACCGCUUUGGAUAAAGUAUUCAGUAAAGGGAAAAUAAAAAAUAUAUUCAAAAUGAGAACAGCUCUCCCAUAAAUUGAACAUUUCAUUUCCAAGAAUGUUGCUGAAAUUAUUAGGCGAAAUAAAAACGUAUGUCACUUUUUGCAAUCUUCAAUAAGACGUUUGAUAACAUCUGCUUAAAGUUUGUUUGUUUCUGUUUCUAUACGUAGAUAUGAGUUGUCGUGCUUUUUCGUAGAAGAAAUUACCAGCAACAGAAGCAAAAAAACAAGACAAGUAUUUGAUCCGUCCUACAGUUCUAAAACACGUAAACCUGGAUGUAUCAAAAUAAUCGUUUGAAACUUUUAUAACAACGGCUAUAUGUUGUAAGCCAGCAUGCACACGAACAAUUUACAUAGUUCAUAGAGUUGUAAUUGUGGUCUGUGUUAUACUGUGUUUUACUUUCCUGACUUUGUAGAACUCUCCUGUACUGUCUGGGUCAAUUACUAUUUUUAUAUAAGUGCGUAAAAAUCUAACUGUGAUAAGUUGUCUAAAUCUCUUUACUCGUAUUUCGUUUUGUUUGUUCGUUGGUUUAGAAAAUCAUAAUUGUAUUUUUCUUAAAAAUGUUAGGUUUUUGGUCAUAAAAUAAUGUUUCGACGACA